CGUAACAGAACAUGGAAUGUGCUCUCUCCUCUCUUGCAGACGCCGGCUGGGCCCCCACGUCUGCCUCUCGGGGUUCGGGAGUGGCUGCUGCCCAGGCUGGGCGCCCUCCAUGGGCAGUGGGCACUGCACCCUUCCCCUCUGCUCCUUUGGCUGCGGGCGUGGCAUCUGCAUCGCUCCCAAUGUCUGCUCCUGCCAGGAUGGCGAGCAAGGGGCCACCUGCCCAGAAGCCCACGGGCCCUGCGGGGAGUACGGCUGUGACCUUGCCUGUAACCACGGUGGCUGCCAGGAGGUGGCCCGGGUGUGCCCUGUGGGCUUCUCGAUGACGGAGACAGCUGUUGGCAUCAGGUGCACCGACACAGACGAAUGCCUGGGGUCGCCCUGCCAGCAGCGAUGCAGGAACAGCAUCGGCAGCUACUCGUGCUCCUGCCGGCCCGGCUUCCAUCUCCACGGCAACCGGCACUCCUGUGUAGAUGUCAACGAAUGCCGGAGGCCGCAGGAGCGGCGGGUCUGCCUCCACCCCUGGACACCGGGCAGUGGUGUCAGAUCGAUCGGCCACACUUUGCCGGCCGGCGACUGCCGCGGACUCACGGCCCCCAUAGCUGCCUGCGCUCUGGCUCCUCCCCAUUCGCCUCCCCGGGUGACCGUGUCGCAGCUCCAGCACUUUAGAGCCGCCCGCUGGCGUGGGACCCACCACGUUGGAGAAACGGGCCCAGAGGCGUUCGGUGACUGCGGUGGCGCUGAGUCCAGCCCCUCGGUCCCACCUCCCUCAGGACGGCCCUGUGCUUCCGUUCCAGCGUUCCCGACGGCCGUGCUGGCCCCAUCCGCCAUCCUGCAGCCCCCGCCCAACAUGCUGCUGCUGCCCGCGGCCGCGGCCGGCCCUUUUUUCCCUCCUGGGGCUCCCGGGCCCCCAGCGGGAGGCCGGACCACCUGCCCGCCCGCUCACACCUCCUCACUACCAGCAGCCUCCCCUUCUGUCCUGGCGAGGCUGCCGUCCACCCCGAUGGCUACCCCAGUGCCUAGCGUCCCCCUGUUGGGGACCUUCAGACCUUCCACACAACCGCAGGAGGAGGGGGUUACCCCUUCCUUGCCCAGGAGCCCCACGGCCCCACAGCCCAUACCGGGGCCCUCUGCCUGCUGGCACCUGGGAGCCAUGCACGAGUCAGGGAGCCACUGGACAGAGCCCGGGUGUUCCCAGUGCUGGUGCGAGGACGGGCAGGUGACCUGUGAGGAGGCGACGUGUGAAGCUGCUUGUUCCCACCCGAUCCCCUCCGGAGACGGGGGGUGCUGUCCGUCCUGUACAGGCUGUUUCCACGGUGGUGUCAUCAGAGCUGAGGGGGCCGUGUUUUCCCCUCCCACGGAGAAUUGCACCGUCUGCGUCUGCCUGGCUGGAAAUGUGUCCUGCGUCUCCCCCGAGUGUCCUCCCGGCCCUUGUGAGACCUCCCCGGAGCCGGACUGCUGCACCUGUGCUCCAGGGAGGUGCUACUUCCAUGGCCGGUGGUAUGCAGACGGGGCCGCGUUCAGUGGGGAUGGUGACGAGUGUACCACCUGUGUCUGCCAGGAUGGGGAAGUGGAAUGUGCCUUCACACCGUGCCCAGAGCUGGACUGCCCCCGCCAGGAGUGGUGGCUGGGCCCUGGGCAGUGCUGCUUCACCUGCCGGGAGCCCGCGCCCAGGACAGGCUGCUCUCUCGACGACAACGGGGCCGAGUUUCCGGUGGGACAGAUCUGGUCUCCUGGUGACCCCUGUGAGUUGUGCAUCUGCCAGGCAGAUGGUUCCGUGAGCUGCAAGCGGACAGACUGCGUGGACUCGUGCCCUCACCCCAUUCGGAUCCCGGGACAGUGCUGCCCGGACUGUUCGGCAGGUAUUCCCCGCGGAGGGGUCCCCGGCACCCCUCUCCGCCGCACUCGGCCCUCUCGGAGCCAGGCUCCUCCUCACAACUUCCGGGCCAUCCUCACAACUUCCCCUGGUGAGCUCAGUGCCAAGAGCCGAACCCGCGCUCUGCACCUGGGCUCGGAGCGCAGCGCACUUCGACCCAAACCGUCCUCCCCUCCGUCCGUCCGAAAGGCGUGCGAUGGCCAGGCAGCCGGUGCCUGGAGGACGGAGUCCCGGCUGUCAGGCCCAGCCUUGCUGGGCUCCGUGGCCUGCUCGCCCGUGGACUGCCCCAUCACCUGCUCCUACCCUUUCCACCCCGACGGCCAGUGCUGCCCCGUGUGCGGAGACUGCAACUUCGAGGGGAGGAAGGUGGGGAACGGCCAGGUGUUCACCCUGGACGACGAGCCCUGUACCCAGUGCACGUGCCAGCUGGGAGAGGUGAGCUGUGAGAAGGCGCCCUGCCUGCCGGCCUGCGGGGACUCUGCCACGCCCCCCGGGGACUGCUGCGCCUCCUGCCCAGAUUCCCCGGAGGACGGGCGGGGGCUGCCCCCUCCUGCAGACGCGGCCCUGAGCCCCCGCAGAGCCCCCUCCCGCCCCCCAGGAGCCUCCUCUCUACCUCCUGCCUCUCCCGGGGCUCCUGCUACUCCAGAGCCUUCAGCCACGGCCUCUGGGGCCCACACGUUCACCGCCGGGACCACAGCGGCCCAGAUGGUCAGGGGAGGAGCUGGGCGCACUCGCAGCAGCCACGUGCGGGAGCCUGCGUCCGGGAGGGUCUGGGCUCCAGGGGUCAGUGGAGGGGGCCCGCGGCGUCAGAUCCACUCUGUCGUUCUGUCCAAGUUGUUUCCUCCUGAAAAGUCAUCUCGGAUUCGUCACUCGGCCGACAUCCACUGUGUGCCAGGCCGGGGGCUCCAGCAGUUACGCGAUCAGUCCUGGCGCUGGCAGGUGUGA